AUGCUUAAACAGGUUGGGUGUUUUAUCAGAUUUUGGGUGAUCUUUAAGGCUUUGAACGACACUCCGGCGCUGAACGCUGAAGAUGUCGUUGAUGAAAUUGAACACGAAGCCGCGGCAGAUGGUUUACCGGUGGUCGCUAACGGCAAUUGCGUAAAGGACACCUUUUCGCCCGAAAAUGCACUAGGAAUUCUUCUUGGUGGUCGACUCACAUGCGAACAGUAUCGUUACAUGCAUUCCUUGGCGCCCCAUGUAUUCCCCAGCUUCAGUGCCAUGAAUACUGUGAAGACCAACUUAAAAGAAAAAUUAAAAUAUUUUGUGAAGUUGUAUCGGCCACUCAUCAAAUACAACCUACAGAAUUAG